CUUGUUCGGGUGUUAGCUGCGGAGAUCGUGUAAAAGAUGCAGGGGGAGGAAGAGGAGCUGUCUGUUAGCAUCGCACAAAUCGUGCACAAGCUCAAGGGCACCAGCCUUCACUGUCAGCUGGAGCGGGAGGCCCGGGGUUGUCUGAACAGUCCAGACAUUAAAAUUGAAUCACUUAAAGAAGAUAUCAAAGAUUUUUUUAAAACAUCAGGAUGGGAAAAGAAAUUACAGAAUGCAGUUUAUCGUGAGCUUAGUGUAAUUCCUACACCUUGUCACCCAUUAGCACCUGCUGAACAUAUUAAAGAGCCUUUGUCGUAUAUGAGAAGGGCACAAGCAAGUUGGGAGAAACGCAUUCUAAAGAGUUUGAACAGCAUGUGCACAGAACUUAGCAUUCCACUAGCACGUAAGAGACCAUUCGAGGAGCAAAAAGAGCUACUGAACAAAUGGAAUGAGAUGGGGACUGAUGAACCAGACCUGAGUCUCUUUAGACCAGUUUAUGCACCUAAAGAUUUCCUUGAGGUUUUAAUUAAUCUGCGUAACCCAAAUUAUGAUAAUGGCGAUCAGGCAAGCUUUAGAAGCCACCUAGGUUUGAUUCAAGUUCCACUGAAAAUAAAGGAUAUUUCUGAAUUGAGGGAUUUUUAUGACGAGCUUAGCCUUAAUACAGGCCACCUGGGUGUGGAUGAUUGUACACAAGUUCCUCCAGAACUGUUUGAAAAUGAACACUUGGGCCUUGGAAAAAAAGUUUUAGCUGAACAUGAUAGUGCUGCUGCUCAGCAAUUUGUUCGACAGGGAUGUCCAACGGCACUUCGAGCUGAAUUGUGGUCACUUAUCUUAAAUAUUUCUAACCAACCAGAGGACAUGUUGUACUAUGAACAACUUAAAUCAAAUGUAAUUCAGCAUGAUCUUUUAUCUGACAGUCUGAUUUAUAAGGAUGUGAAGUUAACAGCAAGUAACGAUGACUACUACUUUGUAUUUGAAGAUUACCUUUAUCAGGUUUUGCUUUGCUUUUCCAGGGACACAUCUGUUCUUGAACAUUUUGUCUACAAUAGUGCUUCCCCACCUAAAUCAUACAUUAGAGGAAAGCUUGGUUUAGAAGAAUUUGCUGUGGUUUAUCCUCCAAAUGGUGUUAUACCAUUUCAUGGAUUUUCAAUGUAUGUUGCACCUUUGUGUUUUCUUUACCAUGAGCCAUCCAAAUUAUACCAGGUGUUUCGUGAAAUGUAUGUACGUUUCUUCUUCAGACUUCAUUCUAUUUCUUCUCAUAUUUCGGGGAUAAUGUCUCUAUGUCUGCUGUUUGAAACACUUCUUCAAACUCACCUCCCACAGCUCUUCUAUCAUCUCAGAGAAAUUGGUGCACAACCACUCCGCAUAUCAUUUAAGUGGAUGGUUCGAGCCUUUUCUGGCUACUUGGCUACAGAUCAACUCCUACUUUUAUGGGACAGAAUCCUUGGGUACAAUUCUUUGGAGAUCCUUGCUGUACUGGCAGCUGCUGUGUUUGCUUUCCGAGCAGUGAACCUGAUGGAGGUGACAUCACUGGCUGCAGCUGAAGCUGUUCUUGCUGACCUUUCAACCUUGAAGGUUAUUCCUCUUCUUCAGAUUUUCCUGUUUGCAGUCGUUACAUAAUUCCUUCUCAGCGCUCAUAAAAUAUACUAUUGCUUUUGAUUGAUUUCAAGCAUCAACUAUGCAGUAUUUAACAUUUGACCAAAUGAAGUUGAUUAACAUUAAAUUAUUGAUUUUCUAAGCAGCAACUGUACGGAACUGUGAAAAUAUGAUACAAUGCAAACCAUUAAACAGCAAUAUAAAAUUGUAGUAUACUUAAUUCUGAAGUAUUUUCUAGGACUUGUAAGUAUUAUAAAUGCUGUUGAAUUAAAGCUUCACAUGCACUUAACAGUGAAAACAGUUUUGCCAGUAAUCAAACACACUGGGGGUAUAACCACUGCCUGCUAAUGAAACUGCUUGUUGCAUGAUUUUCCAAUAAGGGCAUGGUAUGUACAAGUAAAUUGAUCAAAUAAACCUAAAAUGUUAUAUGCAUAUACAGUAUGUUACUUUCACCUUUGAAAUGAGGACUAAAUAUAUCAAUGGCUUUAACUCUGAUCUGUUUUCAAACAGCUAAACAUUGUGCAGUUACAAGCUCAAUCUCAAUACAUUACAAUGGUUAAUAGCCCUUAAAGGCACAUUAAACACCUUGCAAAAAUG